AUGCUAGAUUAUUUUUGUGAAAAUCCGUUGUACGAUGAUGAACAGUUUAGGCGUAGGUUUCGUAUAAGCCGUCGUCUUUUCCUAAAAAUUUCUAGUGAUCUUGCGGGCGAAUUCCCUUUUUUCACACAAAGAGAAAGUGCUGGUCGCAAAAUUGAUUUCUCUGGAAUACAAAAGUGUACUGCCGCAAUUAGGCAACUAGCGUACAACACAACGAGUGAUGCGUGGGAUGAAUAUUUAAGGAUGUCGGCCAGAAGUUGUCAUGAUUGUCUUGAAAAUUUAUGUGAAGGUGUUAUUUUUCUGUACGGGAGGCAAUAUUUGAGGAUGCCAACCGCUGCCGACAUUCCAUUUUUAUACGAGGCCCAUCAGCGGAUACACGGGUUUCCUGGGAUGUUGGGUAGUCUUGAUUGCGCACACUGGGAGUGGGCGACAUGUCCAACCGCUUGGAAAGGGCAACACCAUUGUGGUGACCACGAUGGUCCUACCCUAAUAUUACAAGCGGUCGCGUCUCAAGAUUUAUUGAUUUGGCAUGCGUACUUUGGCAUGGCUGGUGCAAAUAAUGACAUCACAGUUUUACAAUCUUCGAAUCUUUUAGACGAUGUCAUAGAUGGUGUUGCACCAGAUACUUCAUUUUAUGAAAACGACGUGAAGUAUAAGUAUGGGUACUAUCUCACAGACGAUAUUUAUCCGGAGUGGGCGACAUUUGUGAAAACUCUUUCGUGUCCAGAUUACGAGAAAAGAAUGUAUUACAAGAAGAAACAAGAGUCAACAAGAAAAGAUAUCGAGCUGACUUUCGGUGUGUUUAAAAAGAGAUGGUCUAUCAUUGCCCAGCCGCCGAGGAUACAUGAAAAAAGUAAAAUGAGAAACGUCAUGUAUACGUGCAUCAUCUUGCAUAACAUAGUAUUGGAGGACUCGGGCAGAGCUUUUUGUGGAGAAAGUUAUGAUGAAAGUAGCCAACCGACGAACCCACUACUCACAUACCCUGAAAUAGAAGUUAUCCAAGCGAGGAUACGUGACAGGGAUACACACCAUAACCUUCGAGCUGAUCUGACCGAGCACCUGUGGUUUUAUCGUGAACAAGGAGGAGACGACGCAGACGACGAUUGA